AAUCAAGAAAACUCUUGGGAGUAGCAAAUCCAAUUUCCCGGUCUACCCUCUCUCUCGCUCAGCAGCUCUUCAAACCCUAACGACGAGACCAGUCACCACCAUCCGCGACGUGAUUCCCAGCUUCCUCCUCGUAAUCCUCAAAAACUCGAAUCUCCGCCUCGUAUUCACUCUAUCAUUGCCGAUCCCUCCUCCAAUUUCUCCCCCAAGAUGCCCCUCCAUUGCUUCUGAAUUCUGAUUAUAGGUCAGAUUAUCUCCCCUGUGAAGAAGAGCAACAGAUUCAUCUCUUAAUCUAUUCAUAAAGAAUCUAGCUUUGUAUAAGAGAGAGGAGAAGCUCUCUGCAUUAUCCAUGGAGAUAUCUGUUUCGUCUCCGAAGCAGAGUGUGUUGUUAUCUUCAUCAGAUUGUAUGAGUGAACCAGAGGAGGAGCACGAGAUCAGCGAGGAGGAAGAUGAUGAUCGUAACCACAAGCACCGUAGGAAAGAAGAGACGACGACUUCUCCUCAGGCCUUGGAACAAGGCUCUUCUUCAGAUCAGGCGGCCUUCUCACGGCCCAACAGGAAAAACUAUAGACGGAGUUUUGAGAAUGGUAAUGAGCAUGAGAAGCGGUCAGCAGCACAUAAUCAAAGAUCAAGGUCGAACAACACGGUGUUUUCGAGGGAGGCUGGGAGAGGUAGAGGGAGUUAUGGUUCUUGGAGUCAGCGUGAUUCGAGGUUUGAUCUUUCGUCGCAUAUGGUUCCGGGGAUGUUUGGAGGGAGGGGACUAGCUGCUGCUCAGACCGCACCGUGGCCUGGUUUUGGAAUGGUUCCUGGAGUUCCAAAUGGUGGCUUGGAUGGUUUUCAUCACUUACAAGGUCCACUCAACAUGGGUAUUCCUCGGCAGAGAUGUAGAGAUUUUGAGGAACGUGGGUUCUGUCUCAGAGGAGACAUGUGUCCCAUGGAGCAUGGAAUCAACCGUAUCAUUGUUGACGAUGUUCAGAGUCUAUCACAGUUCAACCUUCCCGUUUCUGUCCCUGGUGCACCUCAUAUGGCAGCUUCUUCCAAACCAGUGCCUGCACAGUUCGGGGGUGGUAAUUUCGUGAAUACGAAAGGAGCUCAUGGGAAGACUAAUGAGGGUGGAAUGGCUGUUGAUGGUAUGGGUUAUGGUGAUGCAUAUCCUAGUGCAGGUGCAACUGAUUUUUACGAUCCUGAUCAACCUUUGUGGAAUAACAGUGCGGGUGAAACUUCAGGGGGAUUAUCUGCACUAAAUUCUCAUGGGGUGGAUGAGAAUGUCGCUCCAGUGGAUGACAAUAAUAAAGAUGGCCCUGUAAAUGCGUGGGGCAGAGUGCGUAAUAGUCAAACAAAUUUCAAACAGAAAGGUGAUGAUGUGUUAAACUCAUCAGCUGGUCUUGAAGGUCAAUCGAAGGAGGUCUCAGUUAAUUUAGCCCGCCACAUGAAACAAAACAAUGUUGGCGAAAGUGUCGCAAAAGUUGGUGACUCAUCAAACACUUUAAAUGAUGCAGUGAAUAAUACAAGAACACCAAUGCAAAAGGCAAUGCGGACUCUGUUUGUGAAUAAUGUUCCCCACGAGAGCAACAGAAGGGAUCUCAUUCUUGCCCAUUUUCAGAAAUUUGGGAAAGUUAUUGACAUUCACAUUCCAGUAAAUAGUAACCGAGCAUUUGUUCAAUUCUCAAAACGGGAAGAGGCUGAGUCCGCUCUCAGGGCGCCUGAUGCUGUAAUGGGUAACCGCUUUAUCAAACUUUGGUGGGCAAAUAGAGAUAAUAUACCUGAUAAUGGCCUCUCCACUGGCAAUGGUGCUUUUGUGAAGGGUCGUGGUGUGGCUGCUUCUGGAGGGCAGAACAAAAUUCCUAUUGCUGCAGCAUCGAAAGGCAACCAUGUAUCUCCUACUGCGAAGGGGACUCCCUUCCAUCCAUCAUCAUCUGAACAGGCUAAGCCUGUGGGGGUCACAAGUGGUCCCAAGGUUACGCCACUUCAGCAGAAAAAAGCAGACACUCUCGAGCAGUUGAAGAAAAAGCAGGAAAUGCUGGAGCAGAAGCGUAAUGAGUUAUGCAAAAAGUUGGCGACACUUCAAAAGCAAGACACGGGUGUUAAGGACGAGGAAGCAGAUGAGCCAGAUGCUAAGCGAGUUAAAGUGGAGACAACCUCUAACUCCGGUGCUGCAAUCCCAUCACCAAAAACAGAGUCAUCGACUGAUAAGAAAAUUCUUAACAAGAAACCACUUUCUACUGCUAAACUAAGCACACAAACACCAUCGCCCGAUUCAAAAAAUCUAAAGCAAAGACCGUACUCUUUUACCACAAGUCUGAACACUCCUGUGGUAAAUAGGUAUAAGCUGGAUAACCGUACGACUACCAUCAAAGUUGUCCCUCCUUUACCAACGGGGCUAGCCGAUGUUGCUGUCUUGAAGGAACAUUUCUCUUCUUAUGGCGAAGUCUCAAAAGUGGAACUCGAAGACAAUGCAUCGACUGAUAGUGGCAAGGAUCAGGAAAGUGAAACUCAUAACAAAAGCCGUGCAGCUUGUGUGACAUUUGUGAAACGCAGCGCAGCAGAGAAAGCGUUUGCUAAUGCAAAGUCUUGGCAAGAACACACGUUACAGUUCGUGUGGGUAACACGUCAAAUCAAGAAAGAGAAUAAUAGUAGCAGUGACAAGAAUAAUCCCUCUGUUCCUCGUGACCACCUCAGCAGCAAAAACAAGCCCGCUUCUUCCGUUUCUAAUGACCCAAAACCACCAGAUGAAGUCAAAGCCUCUUCUACGGAAGAACCAGAGAGCACAAAUGUCUCUGGAGACGACGAUACUUUGGAUGAACGAGAGGCUAAAGAAAGCGACAAUGGCAAUAAUAAAAGUAUUACCGAGUCCAUCGAGGGAGCUUCUGAAGCAGUUGCAGCGUCAGAAACUGAUAAAGAACAGCUGAAUGGUUAAGUUGGGGAAGAGUAUUCUUCACUGAGGUAACCCUUUGUUUCGGAAACAAUCUUUAUUUGUUGGAUCUGGUAUAGUGAUCUUUAGCCAAUACGUGAGACAUUAAUAUUUUGGUAGCAAAAGAUAUAUCUAUAGUUUUCUUUCUCCCUUUUUCUGGAUAGUAGAAUUGUAUUGUACUAUUGUUACAUCUGACCUUCCAAGAACAGUGGUUGGGUCUUUGUAUCAGCAGAUCUUUCCUCUGUUAUUAGCUUCUAUGACAAUCUGGACUUGUGUUGUACAUAUAUAGUUGGACUUGGAGACUUGCUUUGUUCAAGUCAAAAAGUGGUGUGGAAUCUACAAAACGGCACGCAUUUUUGAAGUUUAUGCAAUGUUUUUUUUGGUAGGUUUUAUAGCAUAGGUUCGGAAUCCUAGAACCAUAUGUUUUGUUCUAGUUUUAACAUUUUCAUUAAACAACAGCUGUAGAGAGAUGAGAUUAAAAAUUCGAUAUAUAUGCCGUUCACAAAUUUUCUAGAUCAACAGAAGACAAGUGCCUCAAACGGACGAUGUUUCAUUAAGACACAACCAUCAAACCAACAGGCAUUUCCAUACAUUAAUAGUUUUAAGAACAUACAUUAUCUGAUAAUAUUCUAUUUUCCGGGCACGAAGUUGGUAGCGUAAGCCCAGGCAUUGUUAGCCACAGGGUCAGCAACAUGGUCGAACAGAUUCUCGAUGGGUCCUUUACCAGUGACAAUGGCUUGGACAAAGAAACCAAACAUGGAGAACAUAGCAAGCCGACCAUUCUUUAGCUCCUUCACUUUCAACUCCGAAAAGGCCUCUGGAUCCUCAGCUAAGUUCAACGGGUCAAACGCUCCACCGGGGUAAAGCGGGUCAAGCCCUUCACCAAGAGGUCCACCUCCGAUUCUGUACCCUUCGAUUAACCCCAUCAGCACAACUUGAGUAGCCCAGAUAGCUAAGAUGCUUUGCGCGUGGAUCAAGUUAGGGUUUCCAAGGUAAUCAAGCCCUCCUUCUGAGAAGAUUUGAGACCCUGCCUUGAACCACACGGCUUCACCGAAUUUAACUCCGUUUUUGGAGAGAAUCUCUGGGAAUGUGCAACCUAAAGCGCCUAGCAUUGCCCAUCUGCUGUGGAUUACUUCAAGCUCACGGUUCUUUGCGAAGGUUUCUGGG